UCACGGGUCACGGUUCCGCUGCUCUUAACGUAAAGAGCUGUGAGCCACAAAGCUCUCACAGCGAGGAAAUAACGAUGGGGGUCUACCUGUCCACGCCUUCCGUCGAAAAAGUGUCCAGCGAUGAGGAAGGUAAUCGCGUCGCCUACGGGGCGAGCUCCAUGCAGGGCUGGCGCAUGAGCCAGGAGGAUGCUCACAAUUGCUGCAUAGACUUUGAUGAAGAAACGUCGUUGUUUGCUGUUUACGAUGGUCAUGGUGGAGACGAAGUUUCUACAUACUGCUCGCAACAGUUACCACAAUUUUUAAAGAAUACAGAUGCAUACAAGAGAGGUGAUAUCAAGCAAGCCUUGAUCGAUACCUUUUUGGAUUUUGAUGCUUCCUUGACAACACCAGAAGUAAUCAAAGUUUUAAAAGCAUUUGCUAAAGAUGACCAGAAUGAUUCUGAAAAUGAAGAAGAUAAUGUUGCUAGAUUACGUAUGGAAGCAAGUAUGCCAAUUGAAGAAGUCUUAUCCAAAUACAAAACAGAAAUCGAAGACCAUAUAAUUAAGAAAUCGCCACAUUUGGCUUAUUUACGAGAUAACAAAGACACUGGAGAAGCAUCUUCAUCUGGAGCCAGUUCUUCAGGCAUCACUGGAUCCUCAAGUAAAAAAUCAUGUGUAGCUGGUUCCUCAAAUGCUUGUUCAUCCUCUGGAACUGGAUCUUCUUCUUCAUCUGGAGUUGGUUCUUCUUCUAGUGAUGGCUCCAGCAGACGAUCGGAAAAUAACGAUUCAAAUGUCAGCAGUUCUAGCCAACAAUGUGAAUUAGCGUCAUCAUCUGGCUCUCAAAAUAAAAUUGAAGCCCCCAACAGUAGUGAAGCUGAUCAGGAACUUGAUUCAACCACAAGCAAUGGUGAUACUGCUUCCGCAUCUCAAGUCGAUUCAUCAGCAGACUCGAAACCAGUAAAAGCAAAAGUUUCAGAAAUGCCAGAUAGUUCUGAAGAUGCCAACGAAAGGGUAUCACCUAGUAAAGUCACAAACUCAGCUUCUGUUCCCAGCGAAGCUGAAGUUAAUGGAGAAACAAAUAAUGUUGAAACUGCUGAUAGCAGUAAAAGUGUCAAUGACAAUGAGUGUAGUAGCAGUUGUUCUGCUGUACCACUUGAGAAUGGCGAGGCCGAACAGCUGGAGAAUAUCAGUAGCAGUGGAUUUAAAAGCAAUCAGAAUAAAGAACUGUAUAAAAACUUUAUUAACUCUGACUCCUCUGACAGUGAUAGCGAUGACGAUAAUUAUGAAAAUACAGACGUGAGCUAUGAUGACGAAGAAGACGAUCCUGAUGGUGAAGAUGAUUCGGCAGAAAGUGAAAAUGACGAAAACGAUGAACUCGCUGAUGAUGAAGAUGUACAAGAUAUACCAGCUGACGAGGAAGAAGAUGACGACGAGGAUGAGGAUGAUGAAGUGGAUAUUAGGGAACCUAAUGAUGAACCUGGAGCUGACAGCGGGUGUACAGCUGUAGUAGCUGUUCUUAAAGGUAACGAAUUGUAUGUAGCUAAUGCAGGUGACUCUCGAUGUGUUCUCUGCAGAAAUGGGGAAGCUGUUGAACUGAGUUUUGACCACAAACCUGAAGACCAAAUCGAGAUGGAUCGCAUUGUCAAGGCUGGUGGUAAAGUGACAAGUGACGGCCGAGUUAAUGGUGGACUUAAUCUAUCCAGAGCACUCGGUGACCAUGCUUACAAAAAGAGCAAAGAUCUACCUGCACAAGAACAAAUGAUAUCAGCAUUGCCUGACAUUCAGACUGUUACAAUAGAUCGCGAAAAGGAUGAAUUCAUGGUAUUAGCGUGCGAUGGUAUAUGGAACUCUAUGUCAAGUCAGAAAGUCAUUACUUUUGUACGUGAGCGUAUAAACCAGCCAGACAAGACUCUUUCAAAAAUAUGCGAAGAGCUCUUUGAUAAUUGCCUAGCUCCUAACACUCUUGGAGAUGGUACAGGAUGCGAUAAUAUGACCGCGAUAAUCGUAAAAUUUAAAUCGUUGCAAUUAGAGAAAGAGGCAAGCUCCACAGAAGAUGCCGUGCUAGAAAAUAAGAAGAGGCCAGCAUCGCCUUGCACAGAAAACAACGGAGAUGGAGAUACUGUCGAAAACAAUGCGGUGGAUAAUAAUAAGCGUAUGAAAAUGAAUGAAAUGUUGGAUUUCGAGCUCGACAAAGCUAACUCGUCGUCGCCAGCAGCUGCAGCUGCAGCCUCGGCUUGCAUCAUUGAACCAGUUGAGUUGCCUGUCAAGUCGCUCAUCAUGUCUGGCAAUCAGGCUGGGAACAAGUGUCCCUCCGAGUACGUUAAACUCAAUAUUGGUGGUUCCUUGCAUUACACUACCAUUAGCACCCUCAGGAAGCAUGAUACAAUGCUACGUGCCAUGUUCAGUGGUAGGAUGGAGGUGCUCACAGACUCUGAAGGAUGGAUACUAAUUGAUCGCUGUGGUAAACAUUUUGGGACUAUAUUGAAUUUCUUGAGGGAUGGCACAGUCCCUUUGCCAGAAAGUGCCAAAGAAAUAGUGGAGCUCCUUGCUGAAGCCAAGUAUUAUUGUAUCAGUGAACUGGCUGAAUCCUGUGAACAGGCACUCAAGAGGAAAGAAAAAGAAACUGAUCCCAUAUGCAGGGUGCCACUUAUAACCUCUCAAAGUGAGGAACAGUUGCUUAUAAGCAGUACUACAAAGCCUGUGGUCAAAUUACUUGUUAACAGACAUAAUAAUAAAUAUUCAUACACAACUACAUCUGACGACAAUCUUUUGAAAAACAUCGAACUCUUUGACAAAAUGUCUCUUAGAUUUAGUGGUAGAGUUCUAUUUAUUAAAGAUGUUAUAGGCUCUAGUGAAAUUUGUUGCUGGACAUUUUAUGGACAUGGGCGUAAAGUGGCUGAGGUUUGCUGUCAUUCUAUAGUGUACACAACUGAUAAAAAACACACAAAGGUUGAAUUUCCAGAAGCGCGCAUUUACGAGGAAACCUUGAACAUUUUACUCUAUGAAAAUCGAAAUGGACCUAAUCCAGAGCUAAUGCAGGCUACUUCAUCAAAGGGUGCAGUAAGUGGGGCACCGACCUGUACAUCUGACGAGGAGGAGGGUGAGCGCUCUGGUCUCAAUCGACUUCGUACCAACAAGCAAAACACAAACUGACCCACCCUGAUGCCCACUUACCCAGUUAUUCGUGACGUGAGGCACUUUCUUAAGGCUCGAGCAAACAUUAAAUAGCUCACAUGAUAAUGUCUUCAGAGAAGAACUGACAAUUUAUUAAGUUUUUCACGAGUAUAAAUUUUUUACUUGGUUCUAUCUAAGCUUUUAGAUCCAAUGCUUUGAACUCUUAUUCUUAUAAACAACUUUUUACAUUAUAGUUUAUUAACAUCGGUACUUUAAACGACUUUCACAACAAUUUGUUGAAUACCUCGAUGGAAAAUGUUUUUUUUUUAAAUCAGCAAUCGCUGAUUCAUAAUCGUCAAAUAGGUAAUGACUCGAAAAAUUCUACGUAAUUAGUGUGAAAUCUUUAUUGGGCUAAUUGAAGCAUGUAUGUGAGGGUCCUGGUUGUUAAAUGUGCACGAGUUUUAAACGAUAUUUUCCCUAACACGAACGCGGUAAAUGAACGACCAAAGUUAAAGGAAACGCCUUAGUUGAGAAAAUAAAAUCAUAAUAUUUUAUUUUAGACCUUUAUUUAUUUUUAGUUAAAUAUCUAUAGAUUACGAGAAGUAUAAACUAUCGAAUCAACUACGAAUAGAGUACGAAACUUAAACAAUGAAUAAUCUUCUGUACAAAAAAUAUUUAUUCAAGUUCGAAUCAUAAUGUUUAUCAAAGUAUGUUUAAGAAUGACAAUCUAGUAAUUAUUCCAAUCAACUUUAUAAUCCGUCCACGUAGGUCGGACGGCAGAGUGACAGACUUGAGAUCUAGCGGCCAUGGGCUUAAGUCUUGAUUUGUAUCUUGUGUUUGUGCCGAGCUUAGAAAAUGGGUUAAAUCCCCAUAAAGUACAUUAAUUAAGUAAAAAAUCUUUUGUAUCAAUUUCUGUAUAAACUAUGACUGUCAACUAAUUUUACGUGCCAAACUUUAAAAACAUAGUCUAAAAAUGAAAUACAGAUGCCAUUUUAAUGGAAUUAUUACUAUUAUUUGAUCAAUUUUUCUGGGCUACAGAUAUAAUGAAAAACGAAUAAAACCAUACCUGUAAUUUUGUAGUAUCUAAGUAGUAUUAAUAAGUGUAAGCAAAGCUCAAGCUUUUGUUUUGUAAAUACGGUAUUGACUGAAACUUGUCUGUUGAAAGUAUGACUUAUUUACAUUUGUAAUUGAUUUCUUUAUAAUAAAUCAUUGACAAAUAGUAUUACAAAUUAUAUUAAAUAAAUAAUACAUUCAAGUUCUUUAUUGAUUUGAGACACAAGUGCCGACGUUUGAUCGACAUUAAGCCGAUUGGUGUAUUUUAAUUUUUAAUUACUUACACUUUCAAUGUCGUAAUUUUUACUUAUUAAUUAAUCAAAUAUAAUGUGCAUUUUGCUAAAUUCAAAUAACUCACGUAAAAUCUUUUAAUAAUGUUUUAUUAAAGGUAACAUAAGUUUUUAAUAAACUUCAUUUCACUACAUUUUGGUAUAUGAUUAACAAUUUCAAUAUAACGGUAUACUUUAUAUGUUUAUCAAUUUUUAAAAAAGACAGACUGGUUUGAAUGAUUCUUAGGUGUCAUUAUAAUUCCAAAAUGAUGUAUAUAAUAAUAAUUAUAU